UCUCCGAGUCUGCUCACGUCAUGCUCUGAUCUUUGGGAAGAGUGACGGCAGGGCUCUAAACUUUCACAUACCGGCGAUUGUUUAAUUCAUCCGCCUUCAUUCAGUAAGAUAUGUCAGUAUCCUUAAGAGUAUAAAGUAGUUUUGUUAUCACUCACAACAUUGUUAGAUUUACUUGACGAGAGCGCGUCUCCAGGUUUUAAAGCUUUUUUUGUUUGAAGUGCGGAGAUUUGGGAUAGCCACACGUUAAAUGGACGCAUGCGGAUCACGUUCAUGUAUUGAACGGAAAAACUUCCACCCAACUUUUCCUGCUGUUGGUCGUCGUGUGAUCCAGCAGGUGGAGAAACACGAGCCGCUGUUUCAUCAGAGGAAAGAACAUUGGAAAUCGAGUUUAAAGUAAAUCUGUUUUCUUCUGAAACUCCCUCUGGAUUUAAUUUCACGACUUGGUGGCUUGAAUAAGCAACUACCCAGAACUGGUGCUGAGUAGUUAGGCUGCUGGUUGUCAUGGCGUCAUCCUCGGUGAAGGUGGCGGUGCGUGUACGGCCUUUCAACAGCCGAGAGACAAACCGAGGAGCCAAGUGUGUGAUACAGAUGCAGGACAAGAGCACCUGUAUUACUAAUCCCAAACAACCCAAGGAUUCACCCAAGAACUUCACGUUUGAUUAUUCAUACUGGUCACACAGCUCAGAAGAAGACCCAUCCUUUGCAUCUCAGAGGAAGGUGUAUCAGGACAUUGGCGAGGAGAUGCUGCUUCAUGCUUUCGAGGGCUAUAAUGUGUGUAUCUUUGCUUAUGGACAGACUGGAGCAGGGAAGUCGUACACAAUGAUGGGAAAACAGGAUCCUGGGCAGCAGGGCAUCAUACCACAGAUGUGUGAGGAUUUGUUCAGGCAAACAGCAGAUAACACUGACCCUGACCUGUCCUUCUCUGUGGAGGUUUCAUAUAUGGAGAUUUACUGUGAGCGGGUCCGGGACUUGUUGAACCCCAAAAGCAAAGGGUCCUUGAGGGUCAGAGAGCACCCUAUAAUGGGCCCUUAUGUAGAAGACCUCUCCAAAAUGGCGGUUACAAACUACAAUGAUAUUGCAGAUCUCAUGGACACUGGCAACAAAGCCAGGACGGUUGCUGCUACCAAUAUGAACGAGACCAGCAGUCGCUCGCAUGCAGUCUUCACCAUCCUAUUCACACAGCGUCGACAUGACCACAUGACCAGCCUGGACACUGAGAAGGUGAGCAAGAUCAGCCUGGUUGAUCUGGCAGGAAGUGAGAGAGCAGACUCAUCUGGAGCCAAAGGCAUGAGGUUGAAGGAGGGAGCCAAUAUUAACAAAUCUCUGACAACACUGGGUAAAGUCAUCUCGGCACUGGCAGACAUGCACGGCUCAAAGAAGAGACGCUCUGAUUUCAUUCCCUACAGGGAUUCUGUGCUCACGUGGUUAUUGAGAGAAAAUCUAGGUGGAAACUCUCGCACGGCCAUGAUUGCUGCUCUGAGCCCAGCAGAUAUCAAUUAUGAAGAAACACUCAGUACUCUCAGGUAUGCAGACAGAGCUAAGCAGAUAAAGUGUAACGCUAUGAUAAAUGAGGAUCCAAACGCUCGUCUCGUCCGGGAGCUCAAAGACGAGGUCAACAGACUCAAAGAGCUCCUCCUGUCUCAGGGACUCAGCAACCUCAUCACUGCCUCAGGGUCUGAAACGGGCCGUCCUGCUUUGGGUGGUGCAUCAAGUGAGCUCCAUCAGCCCUCGCUCUCAUAUGUACAGUCUACCUCUGAUGCACCAAUGGAGGGUGUGACACCCACUAGUCCUACUGAGCACAUCAGUAAAGAGGAGGCCGUGGAGAGACUCAAGGAAACGGAGAAGAUAAUUGCAGAGCUGAAUGAAACAUGGGAGGAGAAACUCAGGAAAACCGAGUCGAUACGACAGGACAGGGAGUCACUGCUGGCUGAGAUGGGUGUGUCUGUGAAAGAGGAUGGAGGAACAGUGGGUGUUUUCUCACCCAAAAGAACGCCUCACCUGGUGAAUCUGAACGAGGAUCCUCUGAUGUCAGAGUGUCUGAUCUAUUAUAUUAAAGAUGGAGUCACUAGGGUUGGUCAGGAGGAUGUGGAUAUUCGUCUCAGCGGUCAGUUUAUAAAGGAACUGCAUUGCGUCUUCUGCAGUGAAGUCAAUGACAAUAAUGAAGUGGUGGUGACUUUGGAGCCGUUAGUUGGAGCAGAAACAUACGUCAAUGGCAAACGCAUCAAUGACGGUGUUGUACUCAAGCAAGGUAACCGUAUAGUGAUGGGGAAGAACCAUGUGUUCAGGUUUAACCACCCUGAGCAGGCCCGUCUAGAGAGAGAGCGCAGUGCCACACAGGAACAGCAGGGGGAGCCAGUGGACUGGAGCUACGCACAGAAAGAACUGCUGGAGAAACAAGGCAUUGACAUAAAGCAGGAGAUGGAGAAGAGACUGCAGGAUCUGGAGAAUCAGUACCGCAAAGAGAAGGAGGAGGCCGACCAGAUACUGGAACAGCAGAGACUGUAUGCAGACUCAGACAGUGGAGAUGACUCAGAUAAGCGGUCCUGUGAGGAGAGCUGGAGGCUCAUCUCUUCUCUCAGAGAGAAACUACCAGCCAACAAGAUGCAGUCUAUCGUGAAGAAGUGUGGUUUGCCCAGCAGUGGGAAGAGGAGGGAGCCGCUACGUGUGUAUCAGAUCCCCCAGCGCCGCCGCAUACCUACCUCCCAGGAGUCCAAACACAGACUCAGCUUGGAAGAGCUUCGCACACAGGCUGUUAAAGAGAUCUGCUAUGAGGUGGCGCUUGGAGACUUUAGGCAUACACGACAAGAGAUCGAGGCCUUGGCCAUUGUCAGGAUGAAGGAGCUUUGUCGGACAUACGGCCAAAAAGACCCUCAGGAGAGAGAGACCUGGAAAAGUGUGGCGAAGGACGUAUGUGAGACUGUGGGCAUCGGAGAAGAGGAGGGAGACCGGGAGGAAAGAACAACAGCAGGAGGAGGAGGGAGUGAGGGUGGAAAGGCCGAUAUGGGAGAUCUCAAGGCUCAUAUUGACAAGUUGACUGAUAUACUGCAGGAAGUGAAGUUGCAGAAUAAUAUGAAGGAUGAGGAGAUACGAUCGCUAAGGGAUCGCAUGGUGAAGAUGGAGAAAAUAUUCCCUGUCGAAGUUCAGGGUGACGAAGAAGACAUUGAAUUUGGUGGGGCCAGAGCUGAUGAACCGGCAGCACAAGUCCACAGACGUGAUGAGGAUUCUGGGUACCGGCGAGGUCGUCAUCGCUGGCAGUACCCGGAGAAGUACCACGACCCUAAACGCCGCAAAGGAACCAACAAUCAGCCAAACAAUGCCCUCUACACCGCUCCCUCAGGACACUCUCAGAACAACCCAUUUAGUACGGCAUCCUCUCGAUUCUCAAAUCCAUCUUUCAAUUCUCAAACCCCUCGCAACCCCAAUGGACCUUUUUUGCCAGGCACCGGACGGUUUUUGCCACCUCAAGAGAGGAAGCUACAGUUCCCCUUUAAGAAUAAUCCCCAGCACAGAGGCUUCAUCUGGGGCCCGUCCGCAAACCAAGAAGGUGGAAAGGACCCAUCUGCUCAGUCGUCCUCCAAUCCUGAUUUGGUUCAUACCUUCCAGUCCUCUCCCUCGCCAAACAAGGGCCAAUGGCAACACAAUCAUCACCAACAACGGCGCAAUCACGGUAACAGAGGCUACGGAAACUGGGGUAACAGGCAACGCCCACGAAACCGGGGACGGAAUCCAUUCGAUGGAUAUUUAACCAACGAGCAGGCUGGGAACGCUGAGCGUAAAGACGGUGGGUCAGUCCAAGGGCAGCACAAGCAAGGUAGAGCACGCUACUCCUGGUACAAUCCCAAUUUUGCUUCAGACCAGUCUGUUGGAGAUGGAUUCCAGCACUUUAACUACAACCAAAGCAGACAAGGUCUUUACAAACACCCCAACUCACAGUAUAAUCACUACCAGCACCCUCAUAAUCAGGACAACCCUCCAGAGAUGACCCAACUGAGGUCUGAAGGCAAUCCCAAUCCACCUUCUAUCCCAGAUUGCAAUAGCACCCCAAUGGAGACCUGAUUUCAUCUAUGGAGACCAUGAUCUUUUGCAUAGUUCUUGGACAGGACUCUUAGAAACCUCGGACCCUCAGAUAUACGGUGUUGUGGUUUGUUGUGGAAGGGUUUUAGAUGCUGGGAGCGUCCAGAAAGGGAGAAACUCCCUAGUGCAAUAACAAUGCUGUACGAAACAUUUUAUGCACCUGAGUUUUUAUGUACAUAUUGCAGUUUCAUACCUGCACCUACAAUACCUGAUUUUAUGUGCGCACAUAUCUAUGUUAUUCAGAUGUAUAUAUAUAUCUAUAAGUAGGUUAUAAAUUGAAAGCAUAUGUAUUUGCAAGAGAAUUGAGCUUCUUAUGUCGCACAGUGCACUGCAACAUUGACGUUAUGGCCUGAGAAGUACUGUAUAUGGCCUAUGAAGCUGUUUGGAGAGUUCUGUUGGAUAUCUGAUGAUUUUACAUUGUGCCUUUUGAAAAGCCAAAGAAUUUGGAGAAUUAGUAGCCCUCAGACUCAUAACUGCUUUGGAUGCUGCCUUUUUUUAUAGCUGAUGUUUUUCUUUUUUUAUCUUGCAAUUCAUUUAUUUAUGUUCUUUUAUUCUUGCAUCCUGAGGGGCUUGUGUUUCAGAAAUUGUCUUCUGUUGUUAGGGGAUAAAAAGACAUGGGAUACAUAAUCCUAACGCAGUUAAGUGCAAACAGUUGAGGUGGCAAAUUCUUGUUUUUGUUACCUUGUCCUAAUCGGGCACAUUAUGAUAAAGAGACAAUAGCUGCGCUUCCAUUACCCUUCAAAUUGCGCAAAUUGAAAUUGCAAAUUGAAAAUACGCCCAAUGGAAAUACAGGCAAAACUCCCAUAUAUUACGAAAAAGUUUUUACGCUCACAUGAAGUGGUUUUUCAGGCAAUUCGAAAAAGGAAUAUUUCGCAAAACUGCAAUGGAAACUAUUUUUUUUUGCAUUUAUAGAUCACCUGGCAUACGAUCAUUCUUUAAAGAUGAAGUGGUAUGUUUGGACAGAAGAUGAGACAGAGUUCUUUAUUAAACUCAUUAAAGACAAAAUAGUUACGGGAAUACUGGAUUCUAAACAAAGAAAUGCCACAAUUUAUCAAGACCUUGAAGCAGAUGGAUUGAGAAACACCCAGAAACACCUCAUACGAAGUAUAAAGGGCUUUUCUUGCCAUUAAUGCUUGGAUAACACUCCUAAAUCUCCUUUGAUUAAAAAUAACGGCUACUUAAAUACUUAAACCUACUAACAUCCAUUGCCAUGAUUUUUGGAAUGACUUAUCAUGCGUUAAUGGAAACGCUGUCAUUUCGCAAUAGAUUAUUAUCGACAAAUUUUUUGCGCAAAUCUGUAAUGGAAACUCAGCUAAUGAUUCUGUCUCUUCUCUGUUAAGGUGCAAUCACACUGACAAUGUUUUGCUGCAGCAAAGCGACAAAGUAAAUCAUUUUCAAUGAGAGUUGGCAACAAUCGAAAGGCUGUUCGCAAUGCAAACAACCUGAGCGGAGUUCAAAUCCCGCUCCACAUACAGCAGCUGUAUACUAAAAACCGAAUGAUCCGACGUGCUAUUAUAUUUAUCGCUUCAUGCAUCAUUUAACGUACAGGGAAACAAUCUUUGGUGUUUGAUUCUUAUUUUUGGCCAGAAUAAGCUGCGGAGUGGACCAGACUUUAUACCGAUAGUCAACAGUCUGACUCUGUGAUACUAGCCAAAUACUGCACCCUAAGAUGCUGAUUGUUCAGCUGAUGAAAUAUCCUUCCAAAAGACUUUCAGUAGACGACAACUCCGUGAGAUUUUUCAGUUUUUGAAAGUGACGUGACCUUUAUACAGCACAUGUAAAGCCUAACUCUAUCCCUCAGCCUUGUUUUCAUCCAUGUUAAAUUCAAUAUGGUGUCUACACUGACUAAGGUCUGUUAUCAGACAGUUUGGGUUGAAGAAUAAAUCAUGGAUAACAACCAUUGAAUUCUUGCUGUAUUCUUGUAACACCCAUUUAGGACAUGCUGUUAUUCCCAUUUUGACUUUUUGUAAGUUCUCAACUGACAAUGAUCUAAAACUGAAAAAUAAAUAAUUUUACCUUAA